CGAUCAGUAAACUGUAGUUUUUGUUAAAUUUCUUUAUCAAAAUACAGCUGUUUUUGCUUCAUUAGAGUCUGUCGAUAUGGUGUCAUUCAUUUGCAACGCGUGUGGUCAAACAGUUCGUAAAAAUCAAGUUGAAAAACACUACAGCACCGUUUGUCCUCAGUGUGAAGUUCUGUCCUGUAUCGACUGUGGAAAGGAUUUUCAUGGAGACGAGUAUGCUAACCAUACAAGUUGCAUCUCAGAGGCCGAAAAAUACCAAGGAAAAUUGUUUCAACCCAAGGAUAAAGCAAAUAAAGGAGAGCAGAAGCAGCAAGAAUGGAUAAAACAACUACAAGAAGUAUCGACAUCAGACACAGUUGAUCCUUCAAUAAAAAAACAUCUGAAAACUUUAAAGCAGUAUUCCAACAUACCAAGAAAAAAAGCUAAAUUUCAGAACUUUUGUAAAAAUAGUGUAAAUAUUUAUGACCAGUCAACACUGGAUAAACUUUGGGAGGCCUUUUCAGGUGCAAAGGAAAAUGGAACUACUACUACCUCCCCCAUAACAGAAACUAAUUCAGAGUCUAUUGAGGACAGCACAAAAAUGGAAAAACAAACUGAAAAUAACAACGAUACAGAACGCAAUGAAAAUUCAAAAAGUAAAAAAGAGAAGAAGAGAAAAAAGAGAAAACAUGAUGAAGUGAAGGAUGGGACAAAUCCAAAACAAGAUGAGCAUAUUGAAGAAAAAGAAUUUGGAAAGAAGAUGUCAAAAAAGAAACRAAAACACUUACCAGAUGAAAAUCAUAAUGAAGACUUUGAUUUGAAAGCUGCAAAAGUAGAAGAAAAUGGUUUUGUUGAAGAAAUCACAGAAGAGACAAAAGAAAGAGGAAAAUUUAACUGGAGUUCUGUCAUCAAACAAGUGUUGAAAAAAUCUUCUGAUAAUGAGCUACCAGUCAAGAAACUCAGAAAAAAGGUUAUUGCAGAGUUUAUUUCAAGAGGAGGAGAUGGCAAAACUCAUACUGAUAAUGAACUUAAAGCAUUAUUUUUCCAAAAGCUCAGUAAAAACCCUAAGUUUAAAGUAAAAAAAGAAGUGGCCAAGCUAUGCAAAUAAUGAAAACUUUACAGUGGGGAUAAAAAAGUGAUUGCCUUGUGGACCUUACACAGCCGUUGUAGUGGAACAAAUAGAAUACAUACCCCCUUUCACAGGCAUUGCAGUUAAUGUAUGCACUGUUUGAGUUUUCCAUGAAAUGGAACAAGGCUUCUCUUGGUUAUUUAAGUCAUUGCAAAGAAAACUCAAGCAGAAACAAGAGAAGUGUGCAAAGCUGCCUUCAAUGGAGGCUGUACGUAUACUCACAUACACUCUACAUUGGCAUUACAAAUGCAGACAUUAAAAAAUUCAGAUUAUUAUAUCUUAAAUAAUCCAUGUUAGUUUAAAAAAUAACCUAUAAAGAAAACAGUUUGUAAUCUGCUAUUGUAGUGUCUUUAAAACAUCUUGCUCUACUUCAAUGUUAAAUUUCCAUUAAAAAAAGCUUUAUUUCUUAAUCGUUACAUACAAUGAUUGUGUUUUAUAACAAUAAUCUCAUACUUUGGAUUGAUAAAUUCUUUUUAACUUGAACAAGAACAUUUUUUAAUAAAUUGAUUUUAAAACUAG